AUGCGAGGAUACCAAGGCGUAAGGAUCUUCCAGAGCGCUGAUGCAGGAGGAGGGACUGUAAAAGCGGCAAUAGCCGUCUUCGACGCAGAUAUAAAUGUCACGCAGUACCCGCAACUCACCACACAGAACAUCGUCGUGGUGGGAAUCCAAACCCACGCCUGGAAGAUAACGCUGGUCUCUCUCUAUUUUGAACCCGAAACUCCCCUAGGGCCAUACCUGGAGCGCCUCCGUGGCAUAGAAAACGAGCUGGGUCCCGGAGGGCUCAUCGUGGCGGGCGAUGUAAACGCCUGGAACAUCUGGUGGGGAAGCAGUAGGACAGACGACAGAGGAGAGGAGGUGCUUGGAGCUUUCGAUCAGCUGGGACUACAAAUCCUCAAUCGAGGGGAAACUCCGACUUUUGACGUGGUGAGGGGGCACCGGCGCUACACUAGUUGCGUCGAUGUCACUGCUUGCGCGGCGGAUAUGUUAGCGGUGGUAGACGACUGGCGGGUUCUCGAAGAUCUGACGGGGUCGGAUCACAACGGCAUUGAGUUCAAACUCAGAAUAGAGAAGCAGAAAGGGCAAAACAUUAAAAGAACAACUAGAAUCUUCAAUACCAAAAAAGCCAAUUGGAGGCAGUUUCAUGAGAAACUGUCCCAAUUCCUAACAAAUAGGUUAAAAUUAGAAGAAAUUGAAAUAAUAAAUUGCACCAGUAAAUUAGAACAAGUUAUAAGCACAUACACACAAGCAAUAGUAGAAUCAGCAAACAAUAGCAUACCAAAAAAGCGCACAAAGCAAAAACUCACAAUGCCGUGGUGGUCCGAGGAGCUAGCCAAACUGAAGAAAGACGUCGCCACCAAAGAGGAGGAUCCGUUGUGCAGCACCCGUCCGUAG